AACCGUGGGAGGCAAGAAAGAUGCUAUGACUAGUUCCUUAGUUAAUAAACAAAUAUAGAUGAAAUUCUUGUAACCUUCAAAACUCUGGUUUUGUCAUUAGUUUCGGCUGCCGGCCGGCUGAAUCUGAACUUCAGUAGACUUAUAAAACCACAGCCUUACUUCUUCAUAUCUUCAUUCAAUCCCAAAAUCUAAGAAGGAUGGCUCAAGUACUUCAACUCUCUCUCCUUUAUGUGGCAUCAGUUGCCCUCAUGUUUCAGCAAUUUUGUGACGGGAAGUUGAUGAUGGAGUACAUUGGAGCCACCGGAGUUCCCGUAACAUUUGACUCUGUACCGAUUGACAAUGAGAUCGACUUCCAUUUCAUACUCGGGUUUGCGAUUGAUGCAGACUCAUCAGGCAAACAACAAAAUGGGAUAUUCUCACCAUAUUGGCAAUCUACAUUAACCCCACAAUCUGUUGCAGCCAUCAAGGAAAAAAACCCUAAUGUGAAAGUCAUGGCAAGCCUCUCAGGUUGGAGCUUAGGUGAUAAAGUCCUUCACUGGUACAAUCCGACAAACCCCAAAAAAUGGGUAUCUAACGCUGUCUCGUCGCUCGGUUCCAUAAUUACCACUUACCAUCUUGAUGGCAUUGACAUAGACUACGAAAACUUCCCAAAGCGCGGUAAUUCAAGUUCUUUUGCUUUUUGCAUCGGCGAGCUCAUCACCGGCUUGAAAAAGAAAGGGCUCAUUUCCGUUGCUAGUAUUGCACCGUUUUAUAGUACAGCUGCGCCGUAUGUUCAGCUCUUUGAUGACUAUGCAGAUGUUAUAGACUAUGUCAACCACCAGUUCUACACCGACAAAGUUACUACCCCGAAGGGAUAUCUGCAAGCCUUUAAGAUUCGAGCCGCGCAAUUUGGCAAGGAAAAGUUGUUGCCUGCCUAUGAAGUAGAUGGAAGAGGAAUUCAAGGGGAUGCCUUUUUUGAUGCUUUGACACUGUUGCAGACAAAUGGAUUUGAAAUUAAUGGGGUCAUGAUCUUCUCAGCUGAUGCUUCUUUGAAAAACAACUUUCACUAUGAGAGAAAAUCACAAGCUUUCUUGCUCAACUCUACCAGUAGUACUAACUAGUCUAAGUGCGUUACAAUAUACUUAGCCUUCUCACAUGCGCUCUCACGUGUGCAA